AUCUUCCCUCCUCUAUAAUCCUUGAUUCUUGCCAACAGAGUACCAGUUCUAUAACCACAUACUCUGCUGGAACUGAAGAUCUGAAGAGUCUCAUCUUAUUUUCUGAUCUGUUGGUUGGCUAACUGCUAAUAUGCCUAGUGCAAAACUGACUGCGUUCUCCCCAGUAGAAUUUACGGUGUCAACACUGGAUAAGGUGGACCGUAAAGACGAAGAAGAUGGCUGUAGCUGGAAGAAACAAAUCAACAACAUACGAGAUACCUUCGUAUUCAUGGAAGUUCUUGGAUCUGGUGCAUUCUCUGAGGUUUACCUGGUGAAGCACAGAUCCACCGGACAGCACUUUGCCCUGAAGUGUAUUAAAAAGGUGAACAGCUCAAGAGACAGAAGCCUGGAAAAUGAAAUAGCCGUACUAAAGAAGAUUAAGCAUGAUAAUAUUGUGACCCUUGAAGACAUCUACGAGAGUUCUUCCCACUUCUACCUUGUCAUGCAACUGGUGUCUGGAGGAGAAUUGUUUGACCGUAUCUUAGAGCGUGGAGUGUACACAGAGAAAGACGCCAGCUAUGUGAUCCGCCAGGUGCUGUCUGCCGUGAAAUAUCUUCAUGACAAUGGCAUUGUGCACCGGGACUUAAAGCCAGAAAACCUCCUUUAUCUAAGCUCGGAUGAAAACGCGAAGAUCAUGAUAACAGAUUUUGGCCUUUCCAAGAUGGAAGAAACUGGAAUCAUGUCCACAGCUUGUGGUACCCCAGGAUAUGUUGCGCCUGAAGUCCUUGCUCAGAAGCCAUACAGUAAAGCUGUGGAUUGUUGGUCCAUUGGAGUCAUUACCUAUAUUUUGCUGUGUGGUUAUCCUCCAUUUUAUGAGGAAACUGAAUCCAGACUCUUUGAGAAAAUAAAAGAAGGAACAUAUGAGUUUGAAUCCCCGUUUUGGGAUGACAUUUCCAAAUCAGCAAAAGACUUUAUAACCUGCUUACUGGAGAAGGAUCCCAAGAAAAGAUACAACUGUGAGAAUGCCCUCAAGCAUCCUUGGAUUGCUGGCAACACUGCUCUCCGUCGAGACAUAUACCGCUCAGUCAGCAUGCAAAUCAAGAAGAACUUCGCUAAAAGCAAGUGGAGGCAAGCAUUUAAUGCUGCAGCAGUGGUUUAUCACAUGAAAAAGAUGCACAUGAACAACAGUCAGAGCAGUGACAAUGGCACCUCAGAAGUAAAGAAUGGACUCCCCAGUAUCAAAGUGUCUGAAGCUACAGGGCCAAGCAUUCUUACCAGCAACACAGAAGGAAACUCUAUAAAUGAAAAAGACAAGCUACAUCCAUCGCUUUCUAAUAAAUUGUCUCCUGAUAGUGUGCCAAAAGUAAUGGCUUGCAACUCUAUUAAGGCAGAGGAGAUAAAAACAGCAGAGCCAUGUCUCAUCAACCUCAAAGAUGCCUCAUCAAUGAAGUCCUUGGAAUCUAAAACUGAGCAAAACAAAAAUAUGACACACAAGGAUUGUUCUCAGUCUAAGGUAUCUGUUCUACAACCAACACCUCCAAAAACAAAUCAAGAGGUCCAGAUUCACUCCGCGAGUUCAAGGAAAUCAGUUCCUAAGGGUGUUACCCAAAACAGUGCCACCCAAACCAGUCCAGUGCAUCUCAUGCUUGUUGACCAAAACCAAGCCUGUCCCAUGAAGGAUGGCCAUUCCCAAACAAAGUCUUCUAAGACACAGAACAAUCAUGCUUCCAACACUGCCCAAGGAACCAAAACAACCCAAAAGGAAGCAAAUCCAAAAGAACAUCGGCAUCAAAAUUUAAACUCCAAAAACAUUUCUCAGUCUCUUGAUCUCCCAACACCACCGCUCUCAAAAAAUGAAGUAAAAAGAAAUUCAUUCCAGAAAGCACCUUCAACCAAUACACCUUCCAAGAAAUCAGCUGUCGCUGUUAAUAAAAUUCCUCCACAAGUAAACAUCAUUCAUCUUUCCCAGAAGACAUCUGGACAGGAAGCCAGUUCUCCAAAGUCCCCUUCCAAAAUAGUUAUCGCACAAACCUCAGUCCAAGAAAAAAAAGCCCCCAAAAUCAGCCCUUCAAAGGAGUCCACUUUGGAUUAUGACAUUUUGUGCAUGGAGAUUCCUCAGUGCAAACCUUUGGAUUUAUCUAACGGGACAGUUAAGACUGAAAAAAAUCCUGGUCCAACUAACCUGUAUGUAGCAAAUGGGAAAUCAAAAGAUACGUAUGAAAAAGGAAAACCAAUAUUAUGUUCAGACACCGGGCUGCAAAAAAAAUCUCACAAAAAGCAAGCUUUCAUGAAUGGUGUUACUCCUCCUGUCAAGGCGACAAACUACACGCAUUGUGGCAGUGGACAGACUGGGGUUUGCUCAAUCAUGUGA